AUGGUUAAGGGAAGCGACUACGCCCAGCUACAAUUUCUCAACAAAUUCAUUGAUAUCAUCCACAAUGAACGAGUGUUUGAGACCAUAAUAAUGCUUUGGCAUCAUGAGGAUGAGAACUGCACUCUUCAGCAUUGGAAUCCCCAAGGAGUUUCUUUUCUACGGUCCAAUGAGCUGGGAGAGAUCAGAGUAAGGGCAACUUUCAAUAAACGGGCUGUAGCGAUUGUCUGCCUCACAGGAAACUCCUAUUAUGAUGCUCAGCUCCUGGAAGUUGUGGCAGGAGCUUUUGAAACCAUGCGCCAGGAGAGGAUCUUACUCUGGACCCAAAAUAAGCUAUCUAAAAAGUAUAUUAAAUGGAUAUCCAUUCAAGCUGAAAAGCAUAAGUUUAUAAGGAUGCUGGUUCUGGAAAUAGGUGAUCUGCCCAGCAUAGUCCCUUCAUAUCGCCUAGAGGCCUUUCCCACGCCUCAUUUUACACGAAUCAAAAACAUCUCAAGGUUCGAGAAGAUCAAGUUCUACAAUCGAAAAUACAAUUUUCAGGGAAAGACAAUCUUUGUGAAGCCAAGCACAGAUGAGGAAGGUAAUGUGGCAACUAGCCUUUAUCCCAUAACCCGAUUGGAGGACAUGGAGGUCAUAGAGUUUGCCCAAAAGUACAAUGGUAGUUUGAAAGUGCUGGAUGGAAGCAAUAGCAAUGAUGAAGCCUGCGAUAUUCAAUUUAGCCCUCAGAUUAUAACCUUGGGAAAUGUAUCCACACAGAUGGACUUUGUGAAUCCCCUUGCUGCAGCAUCUUUAUUGGUCAUUGUGCCCUGCAGCAGCGAGCUGAGCCUCGAGGAUGUCUUGAGGAGACUGGAAGUAUUGACUUGGAUGUGGUACCUGCUAUGCGUCUAUGGCUCCUUUGUCUGCGUGGAGACCUUGAUUCUUGUGGUAACUCAUCGUCUAACUGGAGAAUCGCGGCCUCUUACCCUAUGGAAUCCCCUGAUGAAUCUGCGAGCCUUUCGAGCCAUUCUGGGACUUCCUUUUCCGGAGUUGCGUCGAGCGAGUCUCUCACUUCGACAGCUUUUCCUGGCCAUCACCCUCUUUGGAUUCAUAUUCAGCAACUUUUUUAGCUGCAAGUUAAGUGCCUUGCUCACCAGUCCCAUCAAACGAGCUCAGGUGCAGAACUUUGAGGAGUUGCGGGACAGCGGAAUUAUUACAGUCACGAAUGACUACGUUCGCUCCUAUAUAGAAAAUGAAAUCGAUCCGGAAUUCUUCCGCAGGGUUAUUCCAAAAUUUAUAGCCAUUGGGCACUUGGAACGUGUGAAAUUAUUUUCCUCGCUUAACAAAAGUUACAGCUUUAUAUUGUUAUCAACAAACUGGCAAUAUUAUGAUCAGUUUCAGCGAGUUGUGGGCCAUAAGUUUUAUUGCAAGUCACAGGACUUGAUUAUUACUGAGAAUUUACCCUGGGUUUAUGUAAUGCCAAAUAACUCAGUCUAUAAUUGGCCACUAUCCAGGUUCCUGAUAAGUGUCCACGAGAGCGGUAUAUCCACACAUUGGAUGAAGUCCAUUAUCAAGCGUUUGGUCAAGGCUUUUAAGGUAAAAUUACCGCAGGCUAAAACAGAAGCAACUCCCAUACGUUUGCAGAAUCUGAAUUGGCUUUGGCAUUUACUGGUUUUGGGCUAUGUUAUGGCUACAUUGGUUUUUAUUAUAGAAAUUUUAAUCACAAAGAAAAGAAACAGGCGAAGGAGAAAUGGUAAUGGAUCACAGGUGUAA